UGUGUGUGUGUGUGUGUGUGUGUGUGUGUGUGUGGGUGUGUGUGCGUGUGUGUGUGUGUGUGUGUCGGAACCAUCCAUACCAAAAUCCCCGCACUCAUUCAGCUCAUGUUCCCGCACCUUUUCGCCGGAUCUAGUUACACAACUGCCUUAUUUAAGAAGAAGAAACCUUUUGACGUCCGCGCGACGUUUUUAACGGGUGUCGUAGCUUCAUCAGUCCACCUUGAAGAGCUCCUUUCUGGGCUUCCUCUCCCCGUCAGAAACCCUCGUGCCAUGCGGGAGGUGUAACCCUCCACCCUUUUCUUCUUUGUGUGCCACGGAAACCCUAAGCCAAGCCAAGAUGUCGGGCACCGACCCGUCAUUGCCGACAGACCCCCAGCUGCCUUUGACGUCCCCCCGCACUCCCCUGCAGCUUUCUUUUCCUUUCCUCAGGGAAGGCAGCCGUGUUUGGGAGAGGGAGAGGAAACCACCUCAGCCUGGAGAGCUACCCAGCCCACUGCCAACAAAACGCACACGCACAUACUCAGCGACAGUACGAGCCAGAUCAGGUCCUGUAUUUAAGGGCGUGUGUAAAAACUUUUCCAGAUCUCAGGGUCAUGGAUUCAUCCGUCCUACUCAUGGAGGAGAGGACAUCUUCGUUCACAUUUCUGACAUUGACGGGGAGUACGUGCCUAUGGAAGGAGACGAGGUCACAUACAAGGUGUGUCCGAUCCCGCCCAAGAACCAGAAAGUCCAGGCUGUGGAAGUGGUCAUCACCCACCUGAACCCGGGCACCAAGCACGAGACCUGGUCGGGUCAGAUUAUCAGCUCCUAGACGAGCGCUUCGGGCGUCACGGCGAGAACGUAAUGGAGGAUUAGGGUUUUUUAAUUUUAGGUUUUAUGUUUUUGUGGUGUGGCAGAUAGGAUCAGGCACGGGGCAAUCUGAGCUUUCUGAGAGGUACAAGCGGAGCCACGGAUGUUUUGGUAUGGAGGGCGAAGUGCGCCGUUAGGCUUGAAAUUAAGCAUUGAAUGUAUCUGAAUGUUUUUCUAGUGAAGGUUUAUGGGGUCGUCUUUAGGAUUGAAGUCUUUUACGUCAGAGCCUCGAGCUCGGAAAGUAACACCGCAAACGUUGCUCAUUUCACCUUGAUAGGAUGUGUGUUAGUUGGUUUUGAGGAUGUGGCGUCUCGGUUUAUUUGGGACGUGUGAAAGAGGCCAAAAUGAGCUCAGAUCAAACGGGAAACGGUUUUGGCUCAUUGACUGCCAGUGGGAACCAUGUGACUUAUAAAUUCAAGGGACCAGCUUGAUAGAGCUAUUUUCUUUUACUUCCAUGCUGGAAACUGGCGCACACUGUGCUGCCAAAUCUAAAAUAAAUAAAUAAAUUAAACACACACAGUAUAUUUACCCUUCUGUUUUUUUCUGUUUACAGACUGCAUGUUUUAGGGAGAAAAAACUAGUUAUUUUCACGGAUGCUCACAAGAAUAUAUUCAUAAGUCAAAACCUGUUUAAGGUUGUUCUUUAUGCUGGUAAACCACCAACUGAGUGUACUCACACAAGCAGUUUGGUUUCACAGACAUCCUGUUUGUUCUAAAGACGUUUUGGCCUCACCAGUUGUGUCGAGCUUGACAGUUUAGGAAAAGUUCUUUCAGUAUUGUAGCACUUUCUGUUAGUAGAUAAGGGUGGAAGUCCAGUUUUAUUGUAGCCAGCUCCUAUGACGGUCAUACGUUUUCUGUGGUGGAGAUGGUAUAAUGUUGUUAGUCUGCCACUGGAAAACAAGGCCAGAGGGUUUAGGUGGCGAUGGUAACAGGUUCUGGGUAAGAGUAGGAGAUGAAUUGAAGGACUGAGCAGUGAUGCAGCUACUUAGGGAAUGUGAGGAAGGAAUAUAAAGAUUCAAGUCAGCACAUUGCAAACCAUUGUUCACAACCUGAAAGUGAACUCAAAAGAAAUAGUUUGAGAUUUUCAAGAAAUAUACGGUUUUGCUGGAGGAAGUUAUCUUAGCUGCUGGGUGGCUUAGUAGCAGCUAUAGGGGUGUCAAACUCCAGUCCUUGAGGGCCGCUGUCCUGCAGUUUUUAGAUGUGCCACAAAUACAAAACACUGGAAUGAACUGGCUUAAUGACCUCCUCCUUCUGUAGAUCAGUUCUCCAGAGCCUUAAUGACCUAAUUAUUCUAUUCAGGUGUGUUGCAGCAGAGGCACAUCUAAAAGUUGCAGGGCGGUGGCCCUCCAGAACUGGAGUUUGAUACCUGGGGCUUACACUAAGCUGGCCAUGGCUAGUUUAAGCUAACUAUGUCUAGUUUAAGUUGCCCAUGGCUAGUUAGCUUAGUUUAACAUAACAUUUAAAACUCUAAAAAUAUUAUUUUGAAUUAAUAAUACCAGAAACUUAGCUUAAUGUAUCAGCUUUAAUCGAUAAAAUAAGACAUUAAGCUAAGCUAGCUAGCUGGAAAUAAAAGUCAAUAUAAAGUUCAAAUGGAGAAUAUUUGCCUUUUCAUUAGGCACAUUCAAUAAAAACAAGCAAAAUGUCAUCAUAAAGCAGAAAAAGGUCCUAUUGUAAUUUUUUAUUCAACUUGGUAAAAGAAAACAGCUAAGCUAAGUUUAGCAGCUGAAGUUGGAGUAUUUUAUGCACAACAGCAAACCGUAGCGUAUUGUGAACAUCAGACACAUUAACACAUAGAACUCAGUAUCAUUUUGAACCAGAAACUGACCAUAGCAUUGAAUCUUUUAUUGUUAGAAGAUAAUGCUAAGCUAAUCUAACUGCAGCCAGCGAUUUACUCAUAUUCUACAGCAAAUUGAUCAACUACCACAUAUAAACAUAGUAUUUCUAGAUAUCAUUUGGAAUCUCAAACUGAGCAUAGUGUUUGAUAUUUAAUUGACAAAGCAAACAGCAUAGUGUCGCUAAGUUAAUUAGCUGCUUUAUGUAGCGUAUAUUAAACAUGAAAACAGCUAUUUUUGUUUAGUUCUUGCCAAGUCAGCAAAUAAGCAUAUUUCACAAAUUGCUGAACUAGUUCUGGCACAUUGUUGCUGAAAGAAAACAGCUGUUCUGGUUUUAAUAAAAAAAAAAAAAUCUUGAUUUCCUGACUUUUACAACAUUAUAUACAGUACAGACCAAAAGUUUGGACACACCUUCUAAUUGAAUUCAAUUAGAAGGUGUGUACAUCUUACAUUUUCUAAUUGUUACAAUAAAAAAAUAGACACAUUUUUAAUUUUUACCUUAAAAUAAUAAACACCAGAUUUUUUUCCUGUCUGUUUUUUUUUUGUGGAAGUUUCUUAAGUCACAUAAAGUCUGUGAAACAGACAAUAAAGACACAGGUAAAGUUUCCAGAAGUAAGAAAAAAAAAAUUAUUUAUGUACUUAUUUAUUUUCAUUUGUAACUAUGAAAAAAAGAUAGGUUUAGCAAUUAAACACUGUAUUUCUUUCUAUUUGUGUAAUUUUAAGCUGUUUAAACGCUGCACAUCUCACUCUGAUGAUCCUUCCCUGCUAAAAUCUCCCUCCUACUGUCAUGUUAUCUUAAAAAAAGAGAAAAAAACUCAACUCAAUUUUCUAAUUUAUCUUUGUCUAACUUUUAAUAGCUGAAUGAUGUCCAAGAUACCAUGCAGACUUUCGCCAAGUUCUUAACGAGUUGUGUGUUUAGUUGAGAAUGUGCUAAUUCAGUAUCAUUAUGCAGUAACCGAGGCGAAGCCUCUAGAGGGAGCUGUUGUCUCAUCUUUCAUCCUUCCAGGAUUUCUCACUUUUAGAGUGAUCUAGUAUCGCAGUAGCACUCUUUAUCUGUUGGAUGUCUGUACUGUGGAGAGAAACAAGUUUGAUUGUGUUUUUGGAGCACUUUUAUUUUAUUUUAUUUUUUAUUUUUGUCAGAUCACUGUGAUAUUUGUCGUUUCUUGUUUAAACGUUCAAUAAAGCUUACAGCUGCGUAAACAGAA